AUGCAGACCCGAAUACCUCUACCACGUCCAGUGCAGCCGUUGCAUGUUUACCGUCACCUGCUGCGCUCCGCCACUUACUUUCCUCCCUCCAUACGGCCCUUCCUCGAUCAUCGCAUACGAACCACCUUCCGAAACGAGCGAGAUCGAAUGGCAGAAACCGAGCUGAAAAUCCUCGAGUCCCUCAACCCAGCAGAAGAUAGAGAGAAGGAGGAGGACCGCCGCAAAAAGGUCCUUGCCGAUGCGAAACACAAGAUUCCUGCGCUCCAGGCUGCUGUCGAAGGCGAUCAGGACCGCCUACGACGUGUCAUGUGGCAUGUUUUUGGCCGACUUGGCAAAUCCCGCCGCGAGCUCAUGGCUUCGUUUGUUCUCAAAGGCUGCGACCCGAAUGCCGACCCUGCCAAGCUAGAAGAGCUCGCAAAGAAAAAGGAGAUGCAGAGAGAGCUCAUGAAAAAGCGCGCCAAAGUCCACCCUUGGAACCGCACAUACACCUGGGACGAGCCCACGCCCUGGCUUCGGCAGCAUCUCAGUCCCAUGGAAGAAAAUUGGGACCUCCCUAAGCUGGAUCGAUACCUCCGGUCGCAAAAGAGUCACCAACGGAACAUAACAGGCGCCGCCUUUCCUAGAGGCACAAUUGGCGAUCUCGAUCCAACAAAAGACGUACCCGAGCAGGACGGCUGGGGCCGUUCAGUUGCAUUGAGGAGAGUGACCAAACUCACAAGAAAGUUCUGGAAGGCCCAGGCCGACAAAAUCAUGCCCCCGGUAUCACAGGAAGAGUGGGAGUCCUUGGAGCAACUCGCAUCCGGAGAGGCGCCUCCCGAGAUGUACAACAUGUUAAAACGAAGGCGUAUCGCCGGCCCUAUAGAAGCCUCCGGAGAUGCCAUGACCAGCGACCGAUCUUCGAUACUCUUUAACAGUAGUAGAAACGAAGGGGAAUCAUGGGAGUGGCAAUCUUCCGCCCAUAUCCCUGUCCGCGACGUCGAGAGAGCUGGUCAACGAAAACUCGAACUGCUCACUGGCAAGAAGGACCUUGGUCCAUUUUCGCAAGCACGUCGCCUCCUUGUUGAAUACGGCAGUAAGACAGGUCGGCUUGGAAUUAAGGAGAGCGAUCGCCCCAUCUUCUCCAGGCGCGCUGUGCGGCGCGAAUAUCUCAAGCUGUGGCAGGCAACCUCAUAUAUGAAGGGGCCCGGAAACAAAGCGGCAAGGCCUGUGUGGGGUCGCGUGGAACCAAAGUUGCCCGUGGUCACUGCUGCCCACCAUCAUUUCUUCGAGGGCGUCGAUGCUCAGGGGCGCGUGCCGAAGCCAGAGCCACCCAAGUCUGCAACGACCAGCAGCCCUAUGCCCGACGGUGAGAAAGCCCACCCUAAGGGUUCAAAGCAAGUCAGUUCCGGUGGUGAAGCCGGCGCGACCAGCGAGCCUCGAUCCAAGUCGCCUGAUUCCGAGAAGUCCUGA